AUGAAGGAUGGGAAACGAUAAUCGUUGGGAAAUUUAGAAUAUAUACAAAUCGUUUAAAAUUUUGGAGGUGUAAGGCGGUGGGUGGGGUUGGGAUGGCGGUGGAGUUCAGGUCUGGCUUAGACGACGCCUGGUACGACGUCCUGAUAACGAACGACGGCUGUGAUCGACUGAGAGUGAAGUUCGUCGGCUUCGCCGACGACCAUGACGAGGUUUAUGAAGUGAACGAGUUGAGUUCGUUCAACGACAUCGACGAGUUCAGCCGGAGGUUCAGGCCGUUGUCCGUACAAGUUCAGGACACGGAGUGCUCUCAGGUGGUGAAGGGCAUGCUCGUCUGUGCCUCUCACUCCAUUCGCCACGGUGAUCGCCGCUUCUACGACGCCGUUGUCAAAAAGGUGGUGCAUGAGGAACAUCAGUUUGUAAAAGGAGAAGAAGAAUGUUCAUGCAGCCUCAUCCUCUUUUGGAGACAUGGUCCAAAAGCAGGGUCUUUAACGGCUCAAUCUCUUGAUACCAUUUGCAGAGUCCAGCCUCGUACAAACAAAAUGCAUCCGCUUUUGAACUCUUUUCUAAAAACAGCCAGGGAGAAAAUUGAAACCACUCUUUCUAAUAUUUCUGCAAUUCCUCGUGAUAUUGCUUAUGACACAAAAACUUGUAUGUCCAACUAUAGGCACAAGUUAAGCAUUUCUCUAAGUAUAAACCAGGACAAAAGAACUUCAAGGCGAGCCUUAAGUCUCAUCUCGUCUCUUAAAGAUGGGAUUGGCAAUCCUUCUCAGGGGGUUGGGCACGACACGGAUGUAGAAGAGGUUCCCUAUAUAAUGGCCAUUGAGAAUCUGGAGAAGGGGUUAUCACCAUUAAAGAUCGUGGAAUUUAUACAUCAACAACUUUCAAUCUCAUGUCAAGCAUUUGUUUCACCAAGUCUGUCAUCUGAGUGGUAUACACGAGGAACCAUCCUGCUGGAUAGCAGAAAGAAUGUUGACAAGUUAUCCGACUUUUUGGAGAGUACCGAUCACAUCAUUAUUUCUGCAAGCGGAAGGCCUUGGGUCAUGACUGAGAAAAGACGAGCACAUGAGAGACUAAGGGGUUCAAUCGUAAACUCCAUGCUUAUAUCGCAGAAACUACUAGAGCGUAGAAGAACUAGUACUCGCAACGAAUUGAAAGUGGUCAGUUCUGGAACUGAAGAAUACAUGAGAGCCAAGCUGCUGCAAGAUUUAUUUUGUGAGUAUUCUAAUCAGCAACGCCGGCUUCACCAGAAGUUACUUGUCGAAGAGGGAAAGAUCUGGCAGCUAUUUAACGCAGCAUCGAAGACUAAACCAAGGUGAAUGCGUUCGAGGCUAGGUUUUUUAGCAAGAUUUUGUUGUGUUGUACACAUACCAACUGUAUCAUAGCUUCCCUAGUUGAGGUUUUGCCUACACAGUGGACUGAGAGUUGGGACAUUUUGAGUUUUUACCCCAUAUUUUGACAAGCAAAUGUAAGAAAAUGUAGCACUUCAAUGGGGCUGAGAGUUAGGAUACAUAGGAUGUGCCUAACAUUUUGAUUGGUAAGAAAUGAAUGUGUGUAUGUCUAAAUUUUGUCUUUGUA